AUGGCAGAUGAGGGUUUGGCGAAGGUAUACGAAGAUCCUCGAAGCUUCUCAAGGGAUCAAAAACGUUUGACAAGGGAAUACCACUUAAGGCAGGGUGCGUUGCGAGGGUUGAUUGUGAAGCCAGGCAAAAAUUAUGAUUUGCAGCCAGUUGAAAUGUUUUUAGGUAUACCAUACGCUGCCCCUCCAGUUGGUACGCUAAGGUUCAUGCCACCUGUCAGUGCCCCACCUUGGUCCACGACGAAAAUGGCUACACAUUUCGCACCAGUCUGCCCUCAAUCAUUGCCGAUUAUAAAGAAAGGAAAUCCACCGUCUAUGGGAAGGCAACACUACUUAAGCAGAUUAAAACCAUUCCUUACAAAAGAGUCUGAAGAUUGCUUGUAUUUAAAUAUAUAUGUGCCGUAUCGAGAGCAAAAACCAAAGAAAUUUCCGGUAGUAGUAUUCAUCCAUGGUGACUCAUUUGAAUGGAGUUCUGGCAACCCAUACGAUGGGAGGAUCCUUGCGUCAUAUGGAAAUGUUAUGGUUAUAACAGUUAACUUCAGGCUGGGUAUUUUGGGUUUUAUGAAACCAAGUAUAACAGAGCACGUGUACGGAAACAACGGUCUUCUCGACCAGCUGGCAGCGUUACAAUGGAUAAAAGAUAACAUAGAAGACCUAAAUGGGGACCCUAAUUCUGUAACUUUAAUGGGCCAUGGAACUGGAGCAGCCUGUGUUAACUAUCUGAUGCUUUCUCCUAUUUCUAAUGGUUUAUUUCACCGAGCGAUACUGAUGUCAGGAUCUGCUUUAUCAGAUUCAGCCAUGACGAAAGAUCCCACACAGUACACAUUGCAAGUUGCACAGAGCUUGGGAUGUAACCUGAAUUCUAAGAAUAUGAUGACAUGCUUACAAAAUAAGCCGUUAUCAGAAAUAAAGAAAGUGCAAAUAUUGUCACGUGAAUUUGAAACUCCUCUAGGCCCAGUGGUAGCGGGAUCGUUUAUUCCAAGCGAACCAACAAAAACUAUGGAGUCCUUCCCAAAUCUGCUUAGCAAAUAUCAACUGCUAAGUGGUGUAACGGAAUUAGAAAGCUAUCACGAUUUUGGUGUGAUUGAAUUAGAUCACGGCAUUUUAGAGAACCAACGAGAUGAAUUUAUAACAAAGUUUGCUAAGCUUGCGUUUGAAGGAGCUGAAAAAAUCGCUCUGAAGGAGAUUUUAAAACAAUACGCUCCAACAAAACUGGAUCCGCAACGUUGGAAUGUUGAAACCAACCGUGAUGUGAUCUUGAAUCUAUUCAGCGAUGCUCGAACUUUAGCCCCGAUGAUAAGUUUCGCUAACUACCAGUCGAAGGCUAACACCCAAUCCUACUUUUACGUGUUUGGCCAUAAUUCUGUCAGUACCGAAUAUGCUCCGUUAAAUAAAAGUGUCCAUGGGGAAGAAAUGCCGUAUGUACUGGGUAUACCAUUAGGUGGAGCCAACACACAUUUUCAUUCAGAAUAUACACAACAGGAAAAGCUACUUAGCGAAGUCAUUAUGCGUCUUUGGACGAAUUUUGUGAAAAAUGGAUCACCAAAUACUCAAAGUGUGAACGAAUACUUCACCUUUGAUAAGCGACAAUGGAAUCAAUACAACGUAGAGUGGCCGGAGUAUAACGUCUUUCAUCAACCGUACUUAAGGAUAGAUUUACCUCCAUCAAUAAACAGUCUUUACAGAUCAAAUUAUACAAAUUUUUGGAUAGAGACUUUGCCUAACAAAAUGAAAGGUUUCGUCAUUGAUCCUCUAUUUGAAUUCACGCCUACUUUAGCCCCUUCGACCCCGAAACCGAAGCCUAGUAACAAGAUAACUGAUCCAGUUCGAAGAAUUUGGGCGCCACCAGUAUACACUCCUACACACUAUAGCUCAUCAUAUGGUAAACUCCGACCAUAUCCUCAACCAGAGCCUAGAUCCGAUAAAGAUUCAAUAUAUCGAGAAAUACAAUCUAUAAAAACACCGCCAAGAUUUCACCCUACUUUAAUAGAAAAAUUCCACACAAACGCACCAACAACUGCAAAACCAAGUAAUAAUAUGCCUAUAAAAACUUCAAGUGCAACAAUAACGAUUGUAAUUGCACUUGUAAUACUCUUUCUAGUUAUAAAUAUCAGUAUUUGUGGUGUAGUUUAUUAUAGAAAACGAAAAUCUAGAGGUGAUAGAGAGCUUGAAACUAAUCACUCUCGAGCUGAAAUUGGUGAAGUAGAUGUUAUAGGCCAGAAAAGUUCAAAAGAUGAUAAAAGUGCAAUGAAAACAUUGAAAAAUGGCUGUAGCGUUAUUAAAUCAAUGAGCAUCAACAAGAUGAGAAACAACAGCAAAAAAGUUAAAAAGAAAGAGUGUAAAACUCCUAAAUCUGAUGACUCCGGUGGAUUUAGAGAGCGUUUUCAAUUAAGACGUCAUUUGUCAACAAGCACUCUGGAUGCUCAUACUAAAGUAAGAGACUGGAUAGCGAAUGAAGUUAUGCAUCGAUGCUCUCCAAGUAUCUUAAGGAAAUCUAAUUCUGAAUUAAACGAAAAGCAUAUUAGUCCGAAACCUUUUACACGGUCUGAAGAAAUACUAGCUGACAGAAGAGAAAAAGCGGCAUUAAAAGUAGAUGAGUCGUUAUAUGCAAAAAAUCUUUUAGGAAAAAGCUGUAAAAACAAAACAUCUGAAAAAACCACAUCAACAUCAGCGUUAGAUUCUCACUCUUCUUUAAUUAGCACCAAGCAAUCGAUUGACCAACGGACAAAUAAGUCUAAUGACUCGAUUAAAAGUAAAUCGGACAGUAUUAAAUCAAAGAAAGUAUCAGUAGCUAUUGACGCUACACCCGCAGCGAGAACUAAUUCUAUAUUAAAACAAGAACCUAUUGAAUUUUCAAAAUCAUUCGAAUACAAUGAACAAAAACAUUCCAAUACAGAUAAUAAAUUACAAAGAUCAAAAACUGAUGGCGAUAUCAUGCCUGAAAAUUGUUCCUUAAGUAAAUCCGAAGAGACGAAAACAUAUACUAAUGAAAUAACUCUAUCAUUAGGCCAAAAUAAUGGUAUAAAAAUAUCACAUAAGCAUUCAAUAUCUGAUCCAGUGACUGAUGUUAACUAUGAAUUAUUGAAGGAUAAGCUUCGUGAAGCUGAAGCAAACAUACUGCCUCCAGUAACAUUCAGAAACGAAAUAAACGUAACGUCCCGAGAUAGUGAGACAAUCCAACCUUUGAGCGCUGAAGAAGCGUUACUUACAAUUAAGCGACGAAAUUUUCCCAAAGUUCUGCCAGAUUUACCUAAAAGUCAGAAAAGGUUAUCAUUACAACCUAAUUUCCAAAGUUUUCGUAGUUUUACUGGAACUGAAAGCCCAAUGGAUAGAUCAAGAGUUCCACCACAGCCACCACCACGUACAACAACAUUAGAAAGACGAUUGGCGUACAAAAGUUCGAAGCCCCUUUCCUCCUUUGAUGUUUCAAAUAUUAAAAAAAUCAAUGAAGGAGAAACUUCCAGAAGAAAUUAUGAGAAUAUUGAUACUUUGUCUCCUUAUACAAAUAUAAAUAGAUCGUGUAAUAAAUCAUUUGAAUCCGUGACAACGUCAGGGCAUAACAGAGAAUAUCCUAAAGUUAUAAUUGCGUCUAGUGAUACACCUUGUAUGCCAGAACCAACAAUUAUUAUCAAACCUUCACCUAGCCAAACAGAAAUACCAUCGAAUGUACCAAGAGUUAGACUACCUGAUGACUUUCAUUCCCAUACAACUGGAUCAAUAACUUCCUUCUCAUCAUUUUGCUCUGAUGAUGACAUUGAUGAUGAAAUUGAUGAUGAUUUUAUUGAUGAUCUUGCUGAAGAUAAGUUAUUACAAGAAUUGGUUGGAGGUGUAGAAUCUCCAACCGAAAUGAUCGUAUUAGAUUCUAAAGGACCAGAGACGGCAUUUGAAAAGAAAGUUGAAAUUGUACCCGUAAAACUCAAUACGGUACAAGUUUCGCCGAAAAUAAUGGAAGACUACGUGUGUAUUUCAGAUUUACUUCUGCCAGAUUUGGGUGAAUUAGAGCAAACAGCUCAAAUUAAGCCAAAUUUUAGUUUAAAUAAGUUGAAAAAUAGAAGUGAUAGUAUAAACAGUCCACCAGAAAAAGCUGUAAAACUCAGACCAAAAAAAUCUAUGAAACCAAGUAUUUUAAAUAGAUCAACAAAGAGUAGCAGUGGUGGAAGUUUUAAGAGUAAAACUGAUAGUAAAUUAGAGCAUUCAAAUUCCGGUUCUUCAAAUGACACUGAAACUAGUACUGGUACAGUAAAAAAAGUUGAUUUAAAA